AUGUCUGAUAAUAAUAAUAUUUCUAAUAAUUCUUCUAAUUUACUUACCUUAUCAACUGAAAAUUCUCAGACAGACAAACCAGCAAAAUCACCUCUUCCCUCAAAAGCAGAUGACAAAAAGAGUGCUUUUGUAUUUUCAACAUUAUUAGAAAAAGGAAAAGACCAAAUUGUUUGUGAUUGGCCACUUGCCGGUAAAAAUGAUGGAUUAUUUAAAUCAAAAGAACUUAAUGACAAAAUAACUCUUACAUUAGAUUGUAGAGCAUUUGAUCCAGAGGAUAUUCAAGUUUCUGUUGAAGGUGAACGUGUUGGAGUUCAUUGUGAACAUCAAAAACGAAAAAAUAGUACAACAUGUGAGAGAAAAAUAUCAAGGACUUAUAAAUUACCAGGUUGUUAUGAUACAAAUACAUUACAACAUAAAGUAAAUGACUAUGGAGAGCUUAUAAUAACAGCAAACAGAUCACCUCGUCGUUAA